CUGCGUCGUCCGAGUAGAACUUUUUUUUUGAUAUAUUGCAAUUUCUCCAUACAACACGAACUUUCCAAAUAAGUACGUAGAUCGUAGUGCGCCAACAUCCACUCCACCAUUGACGUGGGAAAGACCUCGAUUCGUUGCUGCGGAUCCGUUUUGUAAGGUCUUUCUCAACGAUGGUUGGAAAGUUACUUCCCCACUGUAAAUAGGUCGAGCGAAUAUGCUUGCUCUGUAGUUGAUGUCAAUAUUCAUUGUGGAAAUUCAGCUGGUUGUGCGCGAGGAUGGCGAUCGACACACUGACAAUGACAAGCUUACAGACGUCGAAAACUAGUCUCGCAUUAUAGAUCCUAUUGCGCGAAACUUAUGUUGCCUGGCGAAGCAAAGUGGGCCGCAUGUAUUUCGAAUAUGUCAGAACCGCAUGUGCAUACUGAGUUCUUCAUUCAGACGCGAUCGAUGAUCGUAUGGGCCUUCACAAUCAAAUAAACUCAAAGUAGCCACAACUACCAGCCGCAACAUGGAAAUAUACAAGAGCGCUAUUACGCCUCACCACCAGCCAUCAUGAAGAUAGUCAACACCAAAAAAAGAAAACCACUCACCACCACAACUCUAUGUACGAUUUCGAAGAUGUGCCACAGUCACUUCUGAGUUUAUCAGGCUUACUUUUGCAACAUCAUUAAAACAUGACCUAUCUGCUCUGCAUUCAUUUCAGCAACCACUACUGGCUUGCUCCUCUCUUACUGCAUUCCGCUGUAAGUGGAGAGAAACGAUUAAUAUCGGAAAAACAAACAAGAUUAAAGCAAAGCCUGCUUCAAUGCGAAGCUGUAGUGGCGACAGUCGUGGUCGUUGUUGAUAUUUUUGCGAAGAGGAUGGUCUCGUCAAUCGCGGCGAACUAAAAUGAUGUAGCGAAAGCGAAACACCUGCUUGAGAAUUCAAACUCGCAAUUACAAGGAGCAAAAGCAGGAUCAGCAACGAGCAAAAGAGGAAUAACAGGCUCAGACAGCCUGAAUUGGUCGUGGUUAGGUUGUGCCAGCAAUCAUAUUUAUGCUUACAGGGGCCAUGAUCAUGUUCAUGCUGAAAGAUAAACCAGAAGAAGAAAUAAAGCGCUGAAGAACACGAACAAUAUGCCCAUAAAAUACGAACACAUGUCAAGUGCUAAUGUAAAGUAUUGCGUUUAUUCGAAAAUAAACGAGUGCAGGAGAGCUCAUCUGCUCACGCAGCCGAGCGUGCGCGCGCGCGCAAGGAAGCCCCCGGCGUGCGCACGAGAGAGGAAGUACCUAAGUUCUUGUGGCAAUCCAGCACCUCCACACGAGGCAUACGCAUACCUCAAAAAUGUUCUUCGUUCUGUGGAUGUGGUUUCGUCUGGGUACAGCAAUCCGAUGAACCCAUAAUGCAAAUGUUGGAAAUGCAAAUGAGCGUUGCGCACCUUGAUGCGCCUUGACCUUGAGGGAGAAAAGUUUUAUGUGGAAAAUAAAUCUUGUUCGCAGCCAUUUCAAUAGAGCAGGAGACAUCACAUCACCCACAUAAAAAUCUAUUACCACAAGCGCAGGACAACCACGACGAUGCCGAUAAACCUGGCCGCUUCGGUCCCCCCGGGGUCGAAGAUGAGGCUUGGGAAUUAUACAAGCUUCCACCUCUCGACGAGAACGCUGUUUGCAGGUGCAAAUAGAAACAUCACGCACCAUCAAGCGACUACACGACGGACCGUCGCCACGACCUCUUUUUUGGGAACAAGACCGUCAUCAAUAUUUUUCAGGGCUUGCAGUGGUGAAGGAGCUAGAAAAAACGCCACUGCAACUAGUUAUACCAGCACUCGCACUCUUUCUACUUCGGGUGCUGCACGGCGAGCAGGAGAGGAGAAUCAAAAUCAAGGCCGUUUUUACAACAACAACCAAAGCGGCAGAAGUUCCUGGAAGUCCUCUUCGAAUGGCGACCAAAAUUUCCGGUUCACCAGCGCAGGCGCCGACUUUGGUACCCCUGUGCUGCUUGGCGCUGCCGGGGCGGCUUCGGUCGCGCUCACCCUCAUCCUCUUCCCCUUCGCCCCCGCCCGGAACUUAGAAGAAGUCAAAAACGAGGCCCUCGUUUUUCUGAAGCCGCAUGCGCAAACGGCGGGCGCCCGGAAAGCGGUCGCCGCGGAGAUGCGGGCCCGGGGAUUGCAGAUUCUGCAGGAGGGCAUGAUUUCGGGCCGCGAAAUUAUGCAGUGCAAAAGUAUCGUACUCGUAUAAAUGCAUUACAAAUUUCCUCAGCGUGAGAAAUAAAAUUUGUAAUGCUAAUUUGCCUUAAGAACAUGAUUUGUAAUGCAUGAUCAAAAUACGAGUACGAUGCCUUUGCACAGGAUAGAAAUUGACCAGAAGCAACUGAUCGACACGCACUACUACGCAAUCGCCAGCAAAGCGACCUUGCUGGACCCAAAGCAGCUGAACGUGCCCAAGGAAAUGUUUCAGAAGAAAUUCGGUACAACUGGAACUCACUUACAGUUCGUUGCAAUAUAGCCUUUCUUAGCUUUCAGCACAUUUUUGAAGUUAAUACUUCUGAUCACUUUUAUUCAGGAUCAUCAGUCUUGCAGCAGACCACACAGACUCUAAACUUGUUGGAAGAGAAAUGCGCACAAAAAUCAGGCCUUCCCUGGGAUGACGCUUUGAAGCGCGGCAUCGUUUUGAAUGCCAAGCAGGCGUGCGAGCGCUUGAACCUCACGAGCGAAGAACUGAACACGAUCUGGGCCAAGGCAAAAAAGGACGGCAAACUGGUGAAGUUCGGGGGCGGGUUUUACUGCGGCAAGCUGGAAAACGUGGGGGUGAACGAUAUCCACAGAAAAAACAACCAUCUCCAUCCAAUUUGUCAUGCAAAACAUGCAUAAAGAUAAAGUCCCUCCACUAUUUGUCAUGCAUAAAAAAGAUGGGGAAGAUGGUUGCUUUUUCCUGGAUAAACGACUCGGAGACGCUCUACGUAAUGAACGGUUUCUUCAUGUCAAUGCGGCAGAAGUUUGUCGAGCCCGGGUCUAGCAUCUACUACUGGAUUGUCAAGUGGGACGCGAAAAAGAUGCCCUGGGAGGACUUCCGAGGCAAACUGCUUGGGUAUGCAAUGCAAACGCAUCGUACUAGUAUAAAUUGCAUUACAAAUUAGCCCAGCACUACAAAUUUGAAUUUGUAAUGCUGAUUUACCUUGAGAAAGAGAUUUGUAAUGCAUAAAUGCAAUUACUACGAGCGCGAUACUUUUGCACUGGAUAUUGGGCCAACGGACCCGAUUACCGCACCGCCGGACUCGUUGAGAGGUACUUGGUACUUUUGAUAGAAGUAGAGCAGCUUGACAGAUGUAAUGUCUGGUCCUCUGAUUCACAUAUUUGCUGCAGGUUUUUCAGACUUACUUCAAUGAAGAUGCUGAUAAUGAUGUUGAUGAUGCGCAUGAAUAUGCAGCCUGUGUUGACUUCUUUCAUCCUCAUGUCACGAUCACGAAGCACGUAGAUUUAUUUUAGAGAGCAACUAUCCCGGGAAAUAAUUACAGUAUUGUCAACCCAUCUCUUCAGGCAUGUUUAUGACAAAUUGGCGGGAAUACGGGCUUUCUUCUCCACCAGACGUGGGCGACAAUGCGGUGCACGCCUCGGCUUCUCCGUUUGAGGCUCUGAUAUGCAAGAACACAAAAGUACCGUAUGUGCCUACAAAAACCGCCACAAUUUUUUUUUAUAUACCAGCCUGAUAAAUCGUGAAACUUGUCAUUCUGUUGAAUAUGGUUUGGCGAAGUAACUUUUUUUUUCAUGCAAGCAAGUCAACAUUGAUUUGUAAGCGAUGUGAUGAAGCUCGUACGGUACUAGAUUCACAGUCAAUAUCCGGCGGAAAAGAUGAAUUGGCUCGGCGUGAAACCAGAAAACGACUCGUUCGGCAAGCAGGUGCUGAAAGUGAUCGGCUCCACGGUGCUGAACAGUUGGAGAAACGACCCGGCGGUGGUGUAUGGACCCACGCCCAUCAAGAAGAGCGUGUUUGACACGUUGGAGGACGCGGACUGCGCCUACUGCUUGGCGCUGCUUAGCAUGAUGUUCACAACCUGUUACUGGGAUAAGUUGUAAACAACUAUCAAUUCUGCAACUGCAAGGAGCUAAGAACGUGACAAAGGCUAGAAAUUAGUAUAAAGGGGUGUAAUACUGCAUUAUAGUUGAACGAGAUGCGGACGAGCGAUUACUGCCAAAGGUGGAAAUGGAUUUUUCACAAAGGCAUGCAGAUUCAGUCACUGCUAGCAUCCUCAGGCGGAUAACGUUUGCGUUUGUAUCUGUAUGUAUUUUUGGGGUCGGCUUUGCUUUUGAUGAUCAUGGAGGAUCUCAUGAGCACAGCUAGGGCGUAUUGUUUACUUACUCUAUGAGUCCUUUUGAAAAAAUAAGAAGAAAAGCGUGGAGCUCUGAUAAAGCCAUGCUUUUCGAACAAAAGUUGAUAAAAAUGACUGCUGUAGCAGGGUUGUCAAAGUGCGACCUGCACUGCGAACUGAUGAAAGUUGCCUGAUGUACUAGCCUUGCUGCCAAGAUUUUGUAUCUGAAGCGUCAGAUUAAGAAUCGCAAGUAUGCUCCGAAGAAAAGAUAGUCCACUGAUGUGCUUGUCCUAUCAGGCCCCUAGGGCAGACGCGGAACAAAUGAGAAGUAUAAACAAAACGGCACUACUUCUGAUAUUGAAAUCUUCGGUUUGCGAUCUUCGCAUUACAUCGGUCUGGAUGUUGACGCUGGUAUGUAGUGUCCUCUGCUCGGUCGUGACGAGAUCAUAGACGACAUGAAGAUGAUGAAAAACAAAAGCAAUAAGAAGAGAGACGACAGCGCAGUAGGAGUUUCUGAGGUCCUUUUUUGUACUAGCAUCCAAUCUAUCUUCAUGAAUGUUCUCGGUAGGUUCUGAAUUGGUGCUGCUCGAUCGCCGCGGUUCCUAUCAGGACCGCGGUUCCUAUCAGGACCGCGUGUCGUUCUGAAUUGGUGCCGCGGUUCCUAUCAGGAUAGAUCUUAUUUUAGAUCAACAAGAUGUGAUCACGAC